AUGGUUCUGAGGGUGUAGCUAUUUAUUCAGGUAACAUAUCCAUAAUGAUUAACAAGUGUAAAAUUAUGUAAAACGUUGGUAAUAUAGGUGGUGGUUUAUUGUUUAAAAUGAAUUAAAGAACUUUUUUGAUAAAAGAAUCAAUAAUUACAAAUAAUUUUGCAAACUUUGGAGCAGGAAUUUACUUAUAGGGUAAAUUAAACAUCAAUGAAGAGAAUUUUAUUUAAUCCUUCUUUUAAUACAAUAAUAUAGAUUAAGAGUAGUAAUUAGUUGAAUUUCCAACCCAUUUGAGCUUAUUAAUCAAUUCUAUGGAAAUGUAAUCAGAAGAAAUUAAAAUUAAUAAUAUUACAUUAAGAAGUCUAUUGGUAAAACCUUAUAACACAAUAGAGCAAGGAGUUAGUAAAAUAAGUUAAUAUUUGAUGAUUCCAAGUUAGCAAGUAAUUAAAGAUUAUGAAAUAUUCAUUCCUUCAUAAUAAAUAAGUUUUAAUAUUUUCAAUGAUCUUCAAAUCGAAGUAAAAAAUAGUAGAAAUGAAUAAGUGUUAAUGACAUAUCAAAUAUUAUGCCAAGCCUCACAACUUAAUUUAGAAUUUAAUUAAGACUUACAAUUAAAUGAGUCUUAAUUCAUUGCAACUCUUUAUUUACAAGAAAAUUCAUAUACUUAUGAUUUAGGAUCUAUUUAAUUUCAUUUUAAUCCCUAUCAAGACGAAAAUGAAUAUAUAUAGAUAUUAAUAAGUUGCACAGAAUAAGAUAGAACAGAAUAUUUAUAUUAUUUAAUCAAAGCAAGAACUUAUAAAUGUUAAUUAGGAGAAUUCUAUGCUGAUGAAGGAUGUUAAAUUUGUGAAUCAAUAUUUGGAUUUUAUUCAGUAACUUAUAAUGCUACAAAGUGUUCCAUAUUUGAUAAAAUUAAGUUUGCAAAUAUUACUUCAAAUUCUAUUUAAUUAUUUGAAGGUUUUUGGAGACCCAAUUUAUAUUCAGAUUAUACAGAGUUUUGUUUCAAGAAUGUAAAAUUUUGUAAAGGGGGUUGGAUGGUUGGAAAUGAACUUUGUAGUAUAGGACGUAUUGGAGGAUUGUGUGAAGAAUGUGAUACUCAUAAUAUAAGAGGUGAAGGAUAAUUUUUUAAAAAUUAAUCAGAUGCUGAAUGUUUUGGUUGCUCAAUUAAUACAAUUACACCNAAAUGGAAAAUUAAAGUUAAAUAAUAAUUAGAGAUCUAAUAUGUAAUUAAAAUAUGGUUUAAAUUAAUGGAUGCAUAAAUAUUGUAACAAAUUAUUCAUAAAACUAAACUAUAUCAAUAUCUAAUUCUAACUUCUUUCUUAAUAACGGCACUAAUGGUAUAGCUAUAUAUUCAAGUGGCAUAGCCAUAAGUAUUGCUAAAUGUAAAAUCAUAUAAAACAUAGGCGCGUUAGGAGGCGGUUUAUUUUUAGAAAUAAAUAACAUACCUUUUUUGAUAAAAGAAUCAAUAAUUAUAAAUAAUUUUGCAGACAAAGGAGGAGGAAUUUAUUUUUAAGGUUAAUCUCACAUCAAUUAAGAGAAUUUUAUUUAAUCCCUCAUUUAAUUCAACAAUGCUAACACAGAAUCAAGAAACUUCUUUGAAUUUCCAGCCCAUUUAAGUUUGAUUAUAAAUUCUUAAGAAAUGUAAUCAGAGGAAAUUUAAAUUAGUAAUAUUACAUUAAGAAGUCUGUUGCUAAAACCUUAUAAAAUAAUAGAAUAAGGGGUUUGUAAAACUAGUUCAUAUUUGAUGAUUCCAAGUGAAUAAGUAAUCAAAGAUUAUAAAAUUUUCAUUCCAUCACAACAAGUAAGUUUGAAUAUUUUCGAUGAAUUUCAAAUAUCAUUAAGAAAUAGUAGAAAUGAAUUAUUGACUAAUUCACAAUUAUUAUUUUGCCAAGUCUCAUAAAUUAAUUUAGAAUUUAAUUAGGACUUCUAAUUAGAUGAAUCUUAAAUAAUUGCAACUCUUCAAGCAGAUUAUAAUUCUUACACUUUUGAUUUAGGAUCUAUUUCGUUUCAUUUUAAUCCCUUUCAAGAAAAAAAUGAAUAUAUAUAGAUAUUAAUAAGUUGCUCAUCAUUAGAAUCAACAGAAUAUUUAUAUUAUUUAAUCAAAGCAAGAACUUAUAAAUGUUAAUUAGGAGAAUUCUAUGCUGAUGAAGGAUGUUAAAUUUGUGAAUCAAUAUAUGGAUUUUAUUCAGUAACUUAUAAUGCUACAAAGUGUUCCAUAUUUGAUAAAAUUAAGUUUGCAAAUAUUACUUCAAAUUCUAUUUAAUUAUUUGAAGGUUUUUGGAGACCCAAUUUAUAUUCAGAUUAUACAGAGUUUUGUUUCAAGAAUGUAAAAUUUUGUAAAGGGGGUUGGAUGGUUGGAAAUGAACUUUGUAGUAUAGGACGUAUUGGAGGAUUGUGUGAAGAAUGUGAUACUCAUAAUAUAAGAGGUGAAGGAUAAUUUUUUAAAAAUUAAUCAGAUGCUGAAUGUUUUGGUUGCUCAAUUAAUACAAUUACACCCUUCAUUUUGACUUCCCUUUGGUAUAAAUAUAUAUUAUUCAAGGGCUAUUAUUACUAUAUUGAUAACAUUAAGAAGUAUUGAAAAAUCAAAUUAAUUAUUUUUUUCAUGUAAACUUAAUUUUAAGCCAAAUAUUGCCAAAAUUUUAUUUAAAUUGGGCUAAGGUACUAUUAUAAAUUUAAAAUUUAGAUAUGGAAAGUAUUUUCAUUAAGAUGGUUAUCAAUUAUUUAUGGAUAUUCUCAGUCAUUUUUACAUUUAAUAUUAAUUUUUCGAUAUCUCUUUCCUUGAUUGAAUCAACUAGUAAUGCUUCAUAAUUUAUGGCAUUUAAUCUUGAUUGUUUUAUAUCGAAUACUUUUGAAAAUGAACUUAUCUAUCUCAGGAUAAUUGCUACUUUUAUAUUAAUUCUUAUUUAAUUUAUAAUAAUUUAGCUUGGAUACAACUUAUAUACACUUUUGACAAAAGGUAGAUUCUAAAGAAGCAUUAUUUCAAAUACAUUAUUAUACCUCUAUGUUUCUAAUUACUCUAGUUUAAUCAAAUAGUAUAAAAUAUUUUAUAAUUAGAUUUUGUUCAAUUGUGUCAAAAAGAAUAAUAUCAAAUAUUUAAUAUGUAUAAGGAGAUGUUUCAUUAAUUUAUGGCACUUAAAAUCAUUUUUAAUGGAUGUAUGUAUUUGCUAUACCUGGAUUAACAAUAUUUGGAUUAUUAAUUCCUUUAUUUUUUUUUUUUCUUCUCCUUAACAAAUAAGGCAAACUAGCGAUUAUAAAAGUUAGAAGGCAUAUUUGUUAUUUGUUUAAUGAAUACAAUCAAGAAAGUUUCUUUUGGGAAUAAAUCAAAUUUUUAAAAAAGACAAGUAUCAUUCUUGUUUUAACAUUUUUUGAAUCUAAUAUAUUAUUUAAAGCAUCUUUAUUGGGGUUAUGUUUAUUAGUUUAUUAAUUAUUGGCAGGAAAACAGUAACCAUACAUAAUAUCAAGUUUAAAUAACCUGGAUCUCUAAACAGGUUAAAUUUGUUCUAUUGCUAUAUUUAUUGCAACUGCCAAAUAUGUAAAUGAAUAGGAAGGAGAAAAUACAUCCGCUUAAAUUUUGUAAAUUGUUAUUUUAAUUCUAUUUAUUAAACUCUGCUCUUUAUUUAUUUUUGAUAUAUUUAAAGGAUAUGCUAAAAAAUAUAAGGUAUAAAUGUUUACUUUGAUUUAUAAAAUUAUCAGAAAUAUAAAGCCAAAUUGUAUGAAAGCAGAAUCUAUCAAUAAUGUAAUUACAUAAUUGAAACUAAAAGAGAUUAGAUUAAAAUCCAAUUAUUAAAUUUUAAAAAUGGCCUCAUAAGAAUAAAUAAAACGAUAAAAGUAAAUAAAAUUUUAUAAUUUAGAUGCAAUUAUUAAGCAAUAGUAAAUUAAAAUCUUCCCUCAUUAAAUAGAUAUAAAAAAUAUGACUCAGCUACAAAUCAAUUCCUUUUAACAAUUGAAUAAUGA